CCUCGUUAGACAUCUUCUUUGAAGAUUAAACGAAACCCUAGCAUCCAUUUCACCUCUCUCUUUCUGUGUCUUUCUAUUCAUUUUAGAUUUCCAUCCUAUUUUUUAUCACUUUCCGGGAAAAUCUCCGGAGCUCUCUCCCUUCUACUGUCUUUCAUUCAACAAAAAGCCAAUCUCCAGAUCUCAUUUAUAUCAAAACAACCUCCCUUCAUUUUCUUUGUAUUUCCUCUUCUUUUGUUGGGUUAGUUAUUGUGUUCAGAUCUGCAUGCUUUCUGCAUUUCUCGGUGCAUAAAUCUUUUCUUCAUUAGGUUUCAUUUCUCUUCUGAAGGUAUAUGUGGGUAUUGCCGCGUAUAAGAGGUUAAAGCGGCGGGGCUGUCUUUCCAUUGUAAUAGAUCUUCUACUGUCAUCUUUUGAGGGGGUAGCCGGGGCCUCGGCCUCGGCGGGUUUUAAAGCCCCCACCUUUACAAACUGGAGAAAAAAAUUCAACCCUAAAACACUAACCCCCCUCAUUUUUUCUUUCUUUCUUCUCUAACCCUUUUUUUAUUCAUCAACCUCGCGGAAGAGGAUCAUGCCUGCCCUCGCUUGCUGCGUAGACGCUGCCGUAGCGCCUCCUGGCUACGCUGCUUUUGCCUGGGAUGGCACGUCCCUUCCCGCUCCGUUCACCGUCCCCACCCCCACCGCCACCAUAGAGAGUGAUUCACAUUGGUCGCCGUCUCACUCGGCGGCCCUCUACAAAAUCGACGGAUGGGGCGCGCCGUACUUUUCCGUCAACUCAUCCGGUAACAUGACCAUCCGUCCUUACGGUGUGGGGACGCUGCCUCACCAGGAGAUUGAUUUGCUUAAGGUUGUGAAGAAAGUUUCGGAUCCGAAAUCAACUGGCGGACUCGGGUUGCAGCUUCCACUUCUUAUCCGUUUACCCGACGUGCUUAAGAACCGUCUCGAAUCUCUGCAGUCAGCCUUUGACUUCGCAGUACAGACUCAAGGCUACGAAGCCCGUUACCAAGGCGUGUUCCCCGUGAAAUGUAACCAGGACCGCUUCGUUGUGGAAGAUAUCGUCAGAUUUGGGUCGCCAUUCCGGUUCGGGUUGGAAGCCGGGUCAAAACCGGAGUUAUUGUUGGCCAUGUCCUGCUUGUGUAAGGGAAACCCGGAAUCUCUCUUGAUUUGCAAUGGAUUCAAAGAUGCAGAGUACAUAAGUCUUGCUUUGCUGGCAAGAAAGCUAGCUCUAAACACAGUGAUUGUAUUAGAGCAAGAAGAAGAGCUUGAUUUGGUUAUUGAUAUAAGCAAGAAACUGAACGUCAGGCCAGUUGUCGGAGUCCGAGCCAAAUUGAGGACUAAACAUUCGGGUCAUUUCGGGUCGACUUCCGGUGAGAAUGGCAAAUUCGGGUUAACAACUGUUCAGAUUUUGCGUGUGGUCAGGAAGCUUGGACAGGCUGGCAUGCUGGAUUGUUUCCAGUUGCUGCAUUUUCAUAUCGGAUCCCAGAUACCCACUACGGCGUUAUUAACUGACUGCGUUAGCGAAGCUGCACAGAUCUACUGUGAACUAGUCCGUCUCGGUGCCAACAUGCAAGUUAUUGAUAUCGGAGGCGGGUUAGGUAUCGAUUAUGACGGGUCAAAAUCUGGUGACUCGGACGUUUCCGUCGCGUACAGUCUUGAAGAGUAUGCAACAGCUGUGGUGCAAGCAAUUCGCUAUGUCUGUGACCGUAAGAAUAUCAAGCACCCUGUGCUUUGCAGCGAGAGUGGUCGUGCUAUAGUCUCUCAUCAUUCUAUUUUGAUCUUUGAAGCCGUUUCUGCUUCUGCCCCAUCUGCCCUGGAGAUGAAUUCCGUUGGUCUUCAGUACUUAAUUGAAGGGUUGACCGAAGAGUGCCGUUCUGACUAUGAAAAUUUGAAAAGUGCAGCAUUGAGCGGUGAGUUUCAGACUUGUUUGUUUCACGCUGAUCAGUUGAAACAAAGGUGCAUUGAACAGUUUAAAGACGGGUCCCUUAAUAUGGAACAAUUAGCCGCGGUUGAUGGGUUGUGUGAAUUAGUUGCUAAAGAGAUUGGUGCGGCAACUGAUCCAGUCCGUACAUAUCAUAUGAAUCUAUCUGUUUUUACUUCAAUUCCUGAUUUCUGGGGGAUUGGCCAGUUGUUUCCUAUAGUUCCGAUUCACCGUUUGGAUGAACGGCCAGGAGUGAGAGGGAUUUUGUCUGAUUUAACCUGUGAUAGUGAUGGUAAGAUUGAUAAGUUUAUUGGUGGUGAUUCAAGCUUGCCUUUACAUGAGAUGGAGGGGGGUGGUGGUGGAGGGAAGUACUAUUUGGGGAUGUUUUUGGGAGGGGCUUAUGAGGAGGCCCUCGGAGGAGUCCAUAACCUGUUCGGUGGCCCAAGUGUUGUACGUGUUUCGCAGAGCGAUGGUCCUCACAGCUUUGCUGUGACUCGUGCUAUGCCAGGCCCGUCUUGUGGGGAUGUCCUCCGAGUGAUGCAGCACGAGCCCGAGCUCAUGUUCGAGACCCUCAAGCAUCGCGCAGAAGAGUAUUGUGGUGACGGUGACACUGAUGAUGAUGACAGUAAUAAUAAUAAUAACUCUAAUUCUGCUUUAGCUAGCAGUCUUGCUCGCUCCUUCCACAACAUGCCUUACCUCGUGGUGCCGGCUUCUUGUUCUUUGACCGCUAUCAAUAAUGGCGGAGGGUUUUACUAUUGCAACGAGGAUGAUUACAGUGCUGUUGUUGAUUCUGGUUCUGGUGAGGACGAGCAGUGGUCUUAUUGCUAUGCUUGAUCAAAUUGAUGAUGAUGUCUCUGUGGACUAUAUGUCCCUUUUUUUUUUUUUUUUUCCCUUAAAUUUUAAUUUUCAUGGUUCUAUUUUUAUCUUGUAGUUUUCAUUUGCAAAAGAUGGAAGCAUGCAGUUGAACAUUGAAAUCUUUUGCA